AUGAAAAUAAUAAUCUGGCUAAUCCCAUUUUUAAUAUUAAAUAUAGUGAUAAGAUGUGAUAACAAAAUAAAGGAUAAUAUAUUUCAAAACUUGCGAAAAAAAACAAAAUUUUUAAUUACAAAUGAGCCAAUAGUCGAUUUAGAUUUUAGUGAGAAUUUAUUUCAUAGUCUUUUAUUUGAUUUAGAAAUAGAUAAUAAUAAUAUAUAUACAUUAGAUGAAGAUUUAUUAAACCUUCAAAAAUUAAAUAACUCCAGUAUUUUCAAACUAUUAAUUAAUACAUAUGAACAAGUUAGUAAAGAAAAUGAAAAGAUCGAUGAAGAGAAUAAAAUAAAAUAUAUUAUCUUAGCAAGUUCACAUACUAGGGUACAUCCUAUAAAUUUAGAAUAUUUAUUAUUAAAAUUUGAUAAGUAUAUUUAUAAUGGAAAUAUAUAUAAGAAUGGGGAUAUUGACAUUAAGGGGAUUCUUCAUGAAUAUAACAAGGAAAUAAAAGAAAGUUUAGAAAAAAAAAAGAAAUUUAAAAAUAUUUCAGAUAUAAUAGAUGAAAAAUAUAAAGAUGAUAUUGUAUCAUCACUUUUAAACAAACAAAUAGGAAGUAGUGAUAAGUUUAUCAAAAAGGUUAUCAAUUCAAACGAUAGUAACAGUAAUUAUAAUAAUCAAUAUAAAGGUAUGUUUGUGGGGUAUGGAUUUAAUGAUGAUGAGCCCUCUAUUCUUCAUGAUUUAAAUGAAAAUAAAAAUUUUUUAUAUCCCUCAAUUAAUAGUGGAAUAAUAUUAGACAUAACACUAUUAAAAAAUAUAUAUGAGAAUUAUAUUAAUAUAGAAAAAAAAAAUGAAAAAAUUAUACAUAAAGAUUAUAUAUAUGAAAUAUCUAAAUUUAUUUAUGACAAUAUUAAUGUUGAGGUAGUUCAUUUUGAAAACAGUUGUUUGGAUUCAAAACAAAAUGUAUACUUAACAAAUAAAGAAAAUACAGAGUUUGAUGUUUACAAAUAUUAUUUAACAAAAGGUUUGUUUGAAAAUUAUGGAAGUACAAAGGAGAAAGAAGAAAAGAAUUAUGAAAAAAUAAUAAUGUCUUAUUUUCAAUUGGCAUACCCAAUAACUACUUGUGCUACCUAUUCAGGAAGAUCGCAAAAUGAAACUUUUAUUGGGUUUGAUAAAUUUAAUAUGAUUAGUAUUGAAAAUGAUGAGAAGUUAAAAUAUUAUAUAAAAGAAACUGAAGAAAUAUCCUUUAAUGAUAUAGAAGAAUAUAAAAAAAAAUUUAGUGAUAUAAAUAAAAGAUAUGAUGAAAUAUUAGACAAUGGUGAAAAUAAUUUAACACAUAAGGAUAUCGUUUUUGGAAUUAAAACGAGUAUAAAUACAGAAGAUCGAAUAGAUUAUAUUAAAAAUACAUUUGACAAUAAACAAAAUAAUAAACAUGUUUUUAGCAAUUUUAAAAUUACACCAUUAUUAAAAAAUCAAAAAGAAACGAGUAUAAUUAAUACGGAACUUUUAAAAGGUGGAUUUGAUAAUGACGAUAUAGAUAUUCAAAUUUUUUAUAUGUCUGAUAAAGAAAGUAAAUUAUAUAAUACUGUGAAAUAUGAUACUGAUGGUGUAUUGAAAAAUAGUUCUUGUGAAAAAAUGAAACACAUUAUUUUUCAUUUUUAUGAGGAGUAUGUAGAAAAAGACAAGAGUAAAAAUAAUAAUAAUAAUUUGAAAAAACAAAAAUAUUUAUUUAUUGGAAAUGACAAUACAUUUGUUAAUGUAAAAAAUUUAGUUGAUGUUAUGAAUGUAUCUUCAAAUAAAUGUAUGCAUAUAAAAAAAUAUAUGUAUAAUAAGUAUCUAAAAUCUUUUCGAUUUUUAAAAAAAAAUGAAAACAAAUUUUUUAAAAAUUUUAAUGAAAAGCCACCACUAUUUUAUCAAUACAUAAAACAAAAUUUUAUUGAUACAAUACGUAACUUGAAAAAAUAUAAUUAUAUUCCAAAAUAUUGUAAAGAUAAUAAUGGUAUAGGAAGUGGGUCUAAAUCUGAUGUCCCAAUAUUUUUAGGAAACAGACAAUCAUAUAAUACGUUCUACAACGAUAAUGAGUUUUAUGAUUAUUUAUCAUCUGAAGCUGGUAUAUUAAUAAAUGAUAGUUUUGCAAAAAAAAUAUAUUUUUGUAAAAAUUGUGUAUGCCAUAAUAAUGAACAAUCAGAUGAUAUGAUAUUAGGAGAGUGGGCAAAUAAAUUAAAUAUUAUAACAAUUAAUUUUGAAGGUUUUUUUCAAAAGAAUCCUACCAAUUAUAAUAAAAAAUAUUUAAAUACAUUAGUCCCUAUUACUUAUAAUAAUUUAAAUUUAAAUAAAACUGUUGAUGAAAUAAAAAAAACAUAUUUUCAAUAUCUAGUAAAUUAUAAUAAAGACGAAAUUGAUGAAAAAACAGAUUCUUAUAUAGAUUAUUUAGAUCAAAAUUUUAAAAAUACAUUUGAUAAUAUUUUUCAUUACUUUUUUUAUCUUAAACAUUAUUAUAAUUCAUCAGAAGAUGAAAAAAAUAAUGAAAUUUCAAAAGUUAAUAAAAAAAUAUAUGCCAAAAUGGAAUAUAGUGGAGCAUACAAAAAGCUGUUUAAUUUAUCACAAUUUUUUAAAGAGGACAUUGAAAAUAUGAUACAGUUUAAACAUAAUAUAAAAAACGGAACAAAACAAGGAAAAGUUAAUUAUGCAAAUAAUUAUGUUAUAGAAAAGAAUGAAAUAAAAACAGAUGAAAAUUAUGAAAAUGAUGAGCUUGAUCAAGAUGAUUAUAACGAAGAUCCUGACGACGACGAUGAAGAUGAUCUAUUUAGUGAAGACGAUUUUGAUUAUGACCAAUUUAUAAAAGAUAUUGAAAAUAGUAAAAAAUUAUAUAAGGAACAAGAACACCAAUAUGAGAAAAAAGAGAAAAGCCCAACCACAAGCACAAGCAAUAAGCAUGAUCCUCCCAAAAGUGACAAUACCCCAGAUGAAGAUUAUAACACUGAACUUUAG